UAUUAUUACCUUACCUUAAGCUUCUAUCCUCCAACCUCCUGUUAUGUAGGGCUGCAGCUCUUCAUAUCGUCUCAUAACUGGCUGAAUUAUAGUAUCAAUUAAACUUAUUCAGAUAAACCAUAUAAUUCUUUGGCACUUAUCGUCUCAACUCUGCUGCUUGUGCACGCCACUCCGUAACGCCGUCGCCAGUCCAAGCAAAGGCAAAAAAGCCUGGCCUGACCCCGGCCCGUUGGCCGUGAUUCGGCCAUCUGUUGGCGUCACAGGCGGACAAGGGGCCUUCUGUAACCUCCAACAUCUAACCUCUCUGCAACUGUUAGAGAUAGGCAGCUCAGUGCAGACACGGGGGCAAUAGGGUGCCCCCCUGUUCCUCCACCGUCAACUAACGUUACUGCGCCUGUUGCCGUACGGGACCGGCCCAGCCUGGCUACCUGGGCCCUGGGUCCUGGGAAGAAGUGCACUGGCUGCGGUCUGGCUAUGGCUACGGUGUUCGCUGGCCGGGCAGCAGAGUGUCAUACAAACUGGAUAUGAUAUCGAUCGAAACGCGACAACCAAGUGCUCGGCUCGCGUGGCCUUUGUUUAGGGUUAAGUGGCCGUCGGAGUUGAGCUGUCUGGUCUCGUGGCUUAGCCUCGGUUGGUUUGCGCCACUGCGGCGUCUCCAGUUUUGGGAGACAUUUCUAUUCUUGACCAAGAACACGUCAAGUGAUCAAGAGGCCGACUUGAAUGGAUAGUAAGAAUGGGUUUUCAGAAGUGAAGCUGACAUCCUAAUCAAGGACUAUUGACGUUAAAGUGGUGGAGACAUUUAAAAGAGAUUAACGACUUCGACCCAAGAUGUGUUAUAAUACGAAGGUUUAUUUUUAUCGAGCUGAGAACCACAUCACAUCCAAUAUUGCAAUGAGUCAAGUUCCUUUUUGCCACUGUCCCGAUCCAUUGUCCAAGCAAGUAGGUACCUCAGGUUAGGAGUUAGUUGAUGAGAAAUUAAAAACUGUGUCGGAAAUAUUUCCCGUCGAAACAGACCGGGCCGCACUUUUCCUCCUUAGCCUCCUCUGACGGCAGAUCAAAAGACGCCAAGCUACAACAAGAGUGGCUCACAGUCUGAAACCCCUGGCCUAGGGAAUGAAAAAGCGGGAAAAUCUUGAGCUCCAUCGAGUUUCAGCUUUUUUUCUAACGCUCGUUCACCAACAAGUGAGUGACCACCUACCAGAUGCAGUCAGAGGAAGCCCAAGUGCCCAAGGAGAAGAAGGAAAUUUCAGACCGCACAGUGAAGAGACAAGAUUGGCUGCAUCGGCUAUUGGCUACUGCACGUCAAAUUGCCUGGACCAUAUGGACCCAAUCUCCAAUGACAUCCAAUAUCGAGUUGAGUCCCUUUUUUUAGCUUGCGCUUGCAGGCUUCUUCUUCCAAAACUCGUGGCCUUCUGCGCUAGACGUUGAUCAGCAAUCUACUAAUAUGUCCCUUAUUAUUGCCCCUGCAGGGUUCGUCAAUACAGUCCCAUCAUCUCCUGCCGUUUAGGAAAUCGCCUCUGAGAGACAAAAGAGGAUUCGAACCGUUCCUUUGAUGAGGUGAGGUGUAUGGUUCACCUGAAUGUUGCAGCACAAGGUACGAAGUACUUUACUGUACUAUACAGGGCUGUCUUGUCCUGCUGGGAACCAUAGUCUACAUCCUCGCCGCUAAAACUACACCUUCACAAGACCCAAAAAUAAGACGGGUCUUGAUCUGAAACGAGACUCUCCAUUACAGGGUCGCUUCGCCCUCGACUACGCAACUCUCGAUCACCAUUUCUAUCAUCAUGAACAUCAUCCCGCAAAUCUUUCUCCUAUCCCCUGACUCCUGAGAUCCAGGCGCUUGGACUUGGACUUGGACUUGGAAUUGGGGCUCAAUGUUACAAUUCAUGAGUGCCCUCAAUGUUCAGCAAAGUUGCAGAAUAGAGAUCUCUUUCUUUGUAGCAAGUUUGUGUGCAAUUCCGUCCCAAGCUUGAGCUAGCCCUCCCAGUAGUACUUCUAGGAUUCAAACCGAGUUUGUUAUCAGUCAAUUGCACGGUACAAAGUCGUUCUCAUCUCGUUAUACUACCUCUUAGACUGCAUAGCCGCAACUGCGCUUGUUUCGAGUCAAUGGCUGUGCUGUAUUGUGUUGCCGCCGGUUCAAUAUCUACCCAGUCACAGAUUCCUUAUGCUGCAACUCACUCGCCUGUGAGUCUCGGACACAGCAAAUUUGAGACGAAAAUCACAUCUCCAGGGCAACCCUUGAUUCUCGUCCUUGUAUCACGUGUGGCUAAGUAAUGACUUGAAACUGAGGCUCCGGUAACAUCGGUAGGGAUCUGUGAUAUAGAACUGGCCCGUUGCUCUACUAUGCACACCGUACUUUCUCUUGAAAAGGAUAACUCAUAUAAAGGCAGGUCUCAGUUCGAUGCUAUUGAUGACCUCGGUACUCGGUCGUGUCUCGACCGUCUCGCACGUACAUAAUACUGAAUGCUGGUAACUUAAUACAUGGGGAGCCGCCUCUACGUACUGUAACUAAUAUACUAAGGUGACUGA